AUGGGGAAGCAAAGGAAGAAAUUCACUGGAUUAGAAAUCUCCCUCAUCACGCUCUUCAUUUUGCUGGUGAUUGUAACCUGUGUGCUGAUUGGGCUUUCAGCAACUGGGCAUUCGGGUGUCCAAGUCGACUUCUCACCAACCUGUCCAGACACACCUAUAACUGAGAGAAUAGACUGCAUUCCAGAUCAAGUGGCAUCAAAGGACCUAUGUGCACUCCGGGGCUGCUGUUGGAAUCCCCAGAAUGAAACAAAUAUACCCUGGUGCUACUUCUCCAGCAGUCAUGGGUACCAAAUGGAUGGAUCACAGAGAGACAAGCAAGCAGGGUUCGAGGCUACCUUAACGAUGCUGUCUGCUCCAUCCCUGUUUGGAGGUGACAUCAGUACCCUUCUUCUGACUGCCGAAUAUCAGACGAAAAACCGGUUCCGGUUCAAGAUUACUGAUCCCAACAAUGCAAGAUAUGAAGUCCCACCUGAGAUUCUGAACCCCUUUACAGGGUCUGUGGACACUGCUUUAAACUACAAGGUUGAACUGACUCAAAAUCCCUUUGGCAUCAAAGUAAUCAGGAACAGCAACCAGAAAGUUCUGUUUGACAGCAGUAUAGGACCACUGAUGUAUGCUGACCAGUACCUGCAGAUCACUACUCGAGUGCCCAGCCAGAAUGUUUAUGGGAUAGGAGAACAAAUCCAUAGACAGUACCGGCAUGACUUCAACUGGAAAACAUGGCCUAUCUUUACCCGGGAUGCCUUGCCUUCUGGAGACAUGAGUAACCUGUAUGGAGCUCACCCUUUCUUCUUGUGCCUGGAGGAUGAGAGUGGAAAGUCUUUCGGUGUUUUCCUCAUGAAUACCAAUGCCAUGGAUGUUGUUUUCCAGCCUGCUCCAGCCAUAACCUACAGAACAAUUGGUGGGAUUCUAGAUUUCUAUAUUUUCUUGGGAGACACCCCUGAGCAAGUUGUCCAAGAAUAUAUAUCGCUGAUAGGAUUGCCACGAAUGCCUUCCUAUUGGAAUCUAGGAUUCCAGAUUUGCCGCUGGAACUACUCAGAUAUUAAUGAUUUGAAAGCAGUAAUAGAAAGGAAUCGAGCCGCUGGAAUACCUUAUGAUGUUCAAUACACUGAUAUUGACUACAUGGAAGACACCAAAGAUUUUACCUAUGAUAAAAUCGGUUUUGCAGGCCUCCCAGAACUUGUUGCUGACCUUCACAGCCAUGGACAGAAAUACGUCAUAAUACUGGACCCUGCCAUAUCUACUAAGCCUCUCCGUGAUAAUACCCCUUAUGGGACCUACCAACGUGGAAACGCAAAGGAUGUGUGGGUAAAGGAUGCCCAGGGAGUGGAGCCUCUUAUUGGAGAAGUGUGGCCAGGAGAGGCAGUCUUCCCAGAUUUCACAAAACCUGCUGCUGUUGAAUGGUGGGUUGAGGAAUGCCGUCUGUUUCACAACACCAUUCAGUUUGACGGACUAUGGGUGGAUAUGAAUGAAGUAUCCAAUUUUGUUAAAGGUUCAAAGACUGGCUGUGCACCAAACAACUUAAAUUACCCACCUUUUACACCAAAGAUUCUUGAUGGAGUCAUGUAUUCAAAGACACUUUGCAUGGAUGCUGUGCAGCACUGGGGCAAGCAUUAUGAUGUCCACAGCCUCUAUGGACACUCCAUGGCAAAUGCUACUGAUGUGGCUCUUAGAAGUAUUUUUGGCAACAGAAGGAGCUUCCUGCUCUCUCGGUCCACUUUUGCUGGAUCUGGAAGAAUCACAGGACAUUGGACAGGAGAUAAUUUUGCCACCUGGGACAAUAUGAAAUGGUCCAUACAAGGAAUUUUGGAAUUUGGUCUUUUCGGAUUCCCUUUUAUUGGAUCAGACAUUUGUGGUUUCCUUGACAAUGUCUCAGAAGAACUCUGCAGGCGGUGGCUGCAACUUGGAGCCUUUUACCCAUUUUCUCGCAAUCACAACAAUGAAAUGAAUGAACCUAAAGAUCCUGCAUAUUUUGGAAAGGAUUCGCUUCUGGUCAACUCAACCAAACACUACCUGAAUAUACGCUACACUUUGUUGCCGUAUCUCUACACCCUCUUUUACAAUGCACAGAUAAAGGGAUCCACUGUUGCAAGACCAGUCCUACAUGAGUUCUACACAGAUCAAAACACCUGGGACAUUGAUAAGCAGUUUUUGUGGGGAUCUGGACUUCUUAUCACCCCAGUACUGGAUCCAGGUGUGGAUAGAGUGACCGCAUAUAUGCCUGAUGCUGUGUGGUAUGAUUAUGAGACUGGCAUACAAUCACCAUGGAGAAAACAGCACUGUGAGAUGUAUCUUCCAGCAGAUAAAAUAGGUCUUCAUCUCAGAGGAGGUUACGUCUUUCCCACUCAGCAACCAGCCAACACCACUGUUUACAGUCGGGUCAAGCCUAUGGGACUUAUCAUUGCUUUAGAUGACAACCAACAAGCAAAUGGAGAACUAUACUGGGAUGAUGGUGAAAGCAGAGACGCAUAUUCAUCAGGAAACUAUCUUCAUUAUCAAUUUACCGUCAAAGAUGGAACCUUAGUCAUGAAUCCAAUACACAAUACCUACCGAGAUCCAAAUAACAUAGUGUUUGAAGAAAUCAAAAUUCUUGGAUUACCUCUUGAGCCUACAGGAGUGACUGCGAACACAAAUGCUGUGCCUACCAACAGUGUCAGUUACAAUGCAGCAGAUAAGGUUGCCCACAUAACAGGCCUUCAACUUAGAGUAGGAGAUCAACACACCAUCAAAUGGAACCAGAAUGCCAGAGAAAUUGACAGAUUUGAUUGUCAUCCUUACCCAAAUCCAAGCCAAAGCAGUUGUGAAGGUCUUGGCUGCACCUGGCAGACAUCUAAUACUCCAGGAGUUCCACCCUGUUUCUACCCUCCUAACUAUGGUUAUACAGUCAACCAAGUUCAAUACUCAUCUUCUGGUUUAGUGGCAACCCUUGGGAACCAUGUUCAAUCUAAAGCGACAAUAUCACCAAUUAACACGCUUCGCUUGGAGGUGAAAUAUCAUGAGAACAACAUGCUUCAAUUUAAGAUUUAUGACUACAGUAACCCAAGAUAUGAGGUUCCAGUGCCUCUGAAUCUCCCCAACACUCCUGCAAGUGAUCCUGUCAACCGUCUCUAUGAUGUGUCAAUUCAGAACAACCCAUUUGGUAUCCAGGUUCGGCGCAAAAGCACCGGGACAGUCCUGUGGGAUUCCCAGUUACCUGACUUCAUCUUCAGUGACAUGUUCAUUCAGAUUUCAACACGCCUGCCUUCAGAAUAUGUGUAUGGGUUUGGCGAAACAGAGCAUUCACAGUUUCGGCAAGAGAUGGACUGGAAAACUUGGGGAAUGUUUGCAAGGGAUCAGUCUCCUGAAUACCAAAAAAAUACUUACGGCGUUCACCCCUUUUACAUGGCCCUGGAAAAAGAUGCAAAUGCUCAUGGAGUUCUCUUGUUGAAUAGCAAUGGAAUGGAGGUAAAACUCCAGCCAACUCCUGCUUUGACUUACCGUACUGUUGGAGGAAUUUUGGACUUCUAUAUGGUUUUGGGCCCAACUCCAGAACAAGUCGUUCAAGAAUACACUGCACUCAUAGGACGUCCAGUCAUGCCUCCAUAUUGGGGAUUGGGAUUCCAGCUGUGCCGUUAUGGAUACAAAAGCGAUGCAGAAAUCUCCAACCUGUAUAACAAAAUGAAGGAAGCUAAUAUCCCCUAUGAUAUACAAUAUGCAGACAUCGAUUACAUGGAACGGCAGUUAGACUUCACUCUCAGUCCCAACUUUGCGGGCCUUCCAACGCUGAUAGACAGAAUGAAAAAAGAUGGAAUGAGAUUUGUCAUCAUUUUGGAUCCCGCUAUCUCAGGAAACGAAACAAAACCUUACCCGGCAUACGAAAGAGGUCUUCAGAAUAAUGUCUUCAUUAGAUGGCCUAACAAUGGUGAUAUUGUAUGGGGAAAGGUGUGGCCAUAUUAUCCUAAUGUCACUACUGUGAAUACAUCACUAUCCUGGGAUGAACAAGUGAAAUUAUAUGCCGCUUAUGCUGCUUUCCCAGAUUUCUUCCGCAAUGAGACAAUUCAGUGGUGGAAAACAGAAAUCCAGGAGUUCCAUACCAACCCUCGUCAGCCAAAUACAAGCAUUAAAUUUGAUGGCCUAUGGAUUGACAUGAAUGAACCAGCCAACUUUGUCAAUGGAGCAGUUGAUGGCUGUCGUACAUCUGACCUAAAUAACCCCCCAUAUAUGCCAGAGUUGGUGGACAAAGGCAUCGGGUUGAAUGCCAAAACCUUGUGCAUGGGAAGUGAACAGAUCCUGCCCAAUGGAAAACCAGUUCGACACUAUGACGUCCACAAUCUCUAUGGUUGGUCAGAAACAAAGCCAACGUAUGACGCUCUACAUAGUGUCACUGGAGAACGUGGAAUUGUUAUCUCUCGUUCAACAUAUCCAUCUAGUGGCAAAUGGGCAGGGCAUUGGCUAGGGGAUAACUUCUCAAGGUGGUCCAAUCUUGCCACUUCUGUAAUUGGUCUACUGGAGUUCAGCCUCUUUGGAUUUUCCUACGUUGGAGCAGAUAUUUGUGGAUUCAAUGAACAUACCAACUAUGAAAUGUGUAUCCGCUGGAUGCAGCUGGGAGCCUUUUAUCCUUAUUCCAGGAAUCACAAUGGUUUAGGAAGCAUGAUACAAGAUCCUGUAUCUUUUAAUCGAACAUUCGAAGACAUGUCCAGGAAGGUGCUCAAUAUCAGAUAUACUUUGCUCCCCUAUCUCUACACCUUGAUGUAUGAAGCCCAUGCUCAUGGUAGCACGGUUUCCCGCCCUUUACUGAACGAGUUUACAAAUGAUCAGAAAACAUGGGAUAUAUAUAAACAGUUUCUCUGGGGGCCUGCUUUGCUCGUUAGUCCUGUGCUAGAAGAGGGUCAGAGAGAGCUGGACGCAUAUUUUCCUGAUGUCCGCUGGUAUGAUUAUUACACAGAUACAGACAUAGAGCAGAGGAAUCUGACAAAACGCUUACAAGCACCUCUGGAUCAUAUCAAUCUUCACAUCAGAGGAGGAUACAUUAUCCCAUGGCAACUGCCAGCUGCAAACACCAAAGCCAGCCGAAAAAAUCCAAUGGGUCUUACUGUUGCUUUGGAUGAUAACGGAGCUGCUCAAGGGCUACUUUACUGGGAUGAUGGAACAAAAAUUGAUGCUUAUGAGAAUGGUGUUUACCUCUUACAUACAUUUAAUGCAAGUCAGCGUGCAUUAGACAUCAACGUGGCCCACUCAGGAUAUUUUGACUCCAACAACUUAAAAUUUGCUGAAAUUAAAAUCCUCGGCAUAGAAUCUUCUUUUGCUCCCAGGGUUAUAGUGUAUCAAUAUGGUCAAGUGAUCCAAUCUAAUCAUACAUCAACCUAUAACUUUACAACUAAGGUCUUGCACAUUAAAGACCUUCAGCUUGGCCUGGGGCUUGCGUAUUCAUUAACGUGGGGGCAGCCUCCUGAAGACAGCCUUUCAGAAAACGAAAGAUUCAACUGCCAUCCGUAUCCAGAACCAUCUCAAGCCAGUUGCGAACAACGUGGCUGUAUCUGGGAGAUUUCCUCAGUUCCUGGUGUUCCACUCUGCUAUUAUCCCAUGAACUAUGGUUAUUCAGUCAGCAACAUUGUGGAACAUUCUAGUGGUUUCUCAGCUGACCUCCACAGAAACACCAGCAUCCCUAUCCCAUAUCCUACUUCACCAGCUGUUGACACUCUGAGCUUAGAGGUGACGUUCCAUUCUGACAACAUGUUGCAGUUCAAGAUCAAAGAUCCCAACAGCAAAAGAUAUGAAGUUCCAGUACCGCUAUCCACCCCAAGCUCACCAACAAUUACAAAGCGGCUGUAUGAUGUAAACAUUGUGAAUGAACCAUUUGGCAUACAGAUCAUACGGAAAAAUACAGGAACUGUUAUCUGGGAUUCUCAGGUGCCUGGCUUCACCUUCACUGACAUGUUCAUUCAGAUUUCUACACGCCUGCCGUCACAGUAUGUGUAUGGAUUUGGAGAAGUAGAACACACUCAAUACCGGAGGGAUAUGAACUGGCAAACCUGGGGAAUGUUCACUCAUGAUCAGCCUCCUGGAUACAAAUUGAACUCAUAUGGUUUCCACCCCUUCUACAUGGGUCUUGAAAAUGAAGGAAAUGCUCACGGUGUUCUUUUGCUAAACAGUAACGCCAUGGAUGUCACCUUCCAGCCAACACCUGCUUUAACUUAUCGUACGAUUGGGGGAAUUCUGGACUUUUACAUGGUUUUGGGGCCAACUCCAGAACAAGUGGUUCAGCAAUAUACAAAACUGAUUGGACGACCAGUCAUGCCACCCUAUUGGGCUCUGGGAUUCCAGCUGUGCCGCUAUGGAUACCAAAAUGAUUCUGAAGUCGCUGAGGUCUAUCAUGCUAUGAAGGCAUCACAGAUACCCUAUGAUGUACAAUAUACAGACAUUGACUACAUGGAACGGCAACUCGACUUUACACUCAGCCCUGACUUUCAAGGUCUUCCUGCUUUAGUUGAUGAAAUACAUAGCGAUGGCGGAAGGUUCAUCAUCAUCCUGGAUCCGGCCAUAUCAGGCAAUGAAAGUGCUUCAUAUACAACAUUCACAGAAGGUCUGGCUGAGGAGGUCUUCAUGACAUGGCCUGACAGUAAGGAAAUACCAUGGGCAAAGGUGUGGCCAGAUUACCCAAAUAUAACGAUUGAUAAACAUGCAGAUUUUGAAUACCAAGUUGAGCAUUACCGGGCUUAUGUGGCUUUCCCAGAUUACUUCCGCAAUUCUACAGCACGAUGGUGGCAAAGAGAAAUAGAGAAAUAUUAUAACAACACUCUUAAAUUUGAUGGCCUUUGGACUGACAUGAACGAACCAUCCAAUUUCAUCGAUGGAGCUAUUGGUGGCUGCAGAAAUAGGACAUUAAACCAUCCUCCUUAUAUGCCAGAUCUGGCAUUACGAGGGAGAGGACUGGAUAUGGUGACAACAUGCAUGGGAGCCGAACAGCAGCUUCCUGAUGGCACACCCGUGAGCCACUAUAAUGUGCAUAACCUGUAUGGAUGGUCACAAGCAGAAUCUACCUACUAUGGUAUGCGCAAUGCCACCAAAGAACGUGGAAUCAUUAUUACCCGUUCAACAUAUCCAUCCAGUGGAAAAUGGGCUGGACAUUGGCUUGGUGAUAACUUCGCACGAUGGGAUCAGCUGGACAAAUCCAUUAUUGGUAUCAUGGAGUACAGUCUUUUUGGAAUCUCCUAUUGUGGUGCUGACAUCUGUGGCUUCUUCAAUGACACAACCUAUGAACUCUGUACUCGAUGGAUGCAGCUCGGAGCAUUUUACACCUUCUCUAGAAAUCAUAAUGUGUUGGAAACUAUGAGACAAGAUCCUGUAUCCUUCGAUGAAAAAUUUGUCAAUAUGUCUAGGGACGUGCUCAGCAUACGAUACAGACUGCUACCCUACCUCUACACAUUAAUGCAUCUUGCCCAUGCGACAGGCAGCACUGUUUCCCGUCCUUUGCUGCAUGAGUUUGUAUAUGAAAAGGAAACGUGGGAUAUCUACAAACAGUUUAUGUGGGGCCCAGCGCUGUUGAUAAGCCCUGUGUUGGAUGAAGGUGCUGUGUCAGUGAACGCUUACAUUCCCAAUGCAAGAUGGUAUGAUUAUCAUACGGGGGAGUACAUUGGAGUGCGAAAACAGUUCAAGUUAUUGCCAGCACCUUUGGAACAUAUAAAUCUCCAUAUUCGGGGUGGUCACAUCAUCCCUUGGCAGGAGCCUAAUACUACCACCACAACCAGUCGGCUGAAUCCUCUGGGACUCACUAUUGCUUUGGAUGACCGGGGGAAUGCUCAAGGUCAGCUUUUCUGGGAUGAUGGAGUUGGUAUUGAUACCUAUGAAGGGGGCAAGUACUACUAUGCAACCUUUCAAGUCACUCUGAAUGCACUGAAUGUCUACGUGGAUCACAACAAUUAUUUAAGUGACUCAGUCCCUCUGCAGUUUGGGUAUCUUCAUAUCUGGGGACUGGCAGCCACAACAGCCACAAAUGUUACUAUUACUUAUGAUGGGCACCCAGACUUCGUCAUCCCUGCGUAUGAUCCAGAAAGCCAGAUUCUGAAAGCUGAUUUCACUAGCAAAGAUUUCCUCCUUCAUAAAGUACAGCAACUCAAAUGGACAAUAAGCACUUAA